UGUUGAUUAGUUGACCAUUUCUCAUCUCCCUGUAAGAAGGAUACAGAAAUAAUAUACUGCAUAUUUUAAAAAAGAAAUCUUCCUUUUUUCUCUCAUUUAUCAAACUCUCGAGUCCCUUUGAGUCAAGCAGAGAAGAGAAAGAACAUGCUAUUAGGGGAAAUCUGAGUUGUAUCAAAGAAAGAAAUAGAGAAUAAAGAUAAGAACUUGAAAGUUUUAGAGAAUGAAUGGUUACUCUGAGUUUGUUGAAGUUGAUCCAACUGGAAGAUAUGGCAGAUACAAUGAAAUCCUUGGCAAAGGAGCUUCAAAGACAGUAUAUAGAGCAUUUGAUGAGUAUGAAGGGAUUGAAGUUGCCUGGAACCAGGUCAAGCUCUAUGAUUUCUUGCAAAGUCCUGAAGAUCUUGAAAGACUCUACUGUGAGAUUCAUCUCCUUAAGACAUUGAAGCAUAAGAACAUAAUGAAGUUCUACACUUCCUGGGUUGAUACUGCUAAGAGGAACAUCAACUUUGUGACUGAAAUGUUCACUUCUGGGACUUUGAGACAGUAUAGACUAAAGCACAGGAGAGUUAACAUUAGAGCCGUGAAGCAUUGGUGUAGGCAGAUCUUGAGAGGGCUUCUUUACCUCCAUAGCCAUGACCCCCCUGUGAUUCACAGAGAUCUAAAGUGUGAUAACAUUUUUGUGAAUGGGAACCAAGGAGAAGUGAAGAUUGGAGAUCUUGGCCUUGCAGCAAUUCUUCGAAAAUCGCAUGCUGCUCACUGUGUUGGAACACCUGAGUUUAUGGCUCCAGAAGUGUAUGAAGAGGCAUACAAUGAAUUGGUUGAUAUUUAUUCAUUUGGAAUGUGCAUCUUGGAGAUGGUCACUUUUGAAUAUCCCUAUAGUGAAUGCACUCAUCCCGCUCAAAUCUACAAGAAAGUUAUCUCUGGCAAAAAACCAGAUGCUUUGUACAAAGUAAAGGAUCCAGAAGUAAGGCAAUUUGUUGAGAAAUGUUUGGCCACCGUGUCACUUAGGCUAUCUGCAAAGGAGUUGUUGAAUGACCCUUUUCUCCAAAUCGAUGGUUGUGGAUCUGAUUUGAGACCGUCAGAGCCUGGGAUUGAAGUUCAUGGCUUAGGACCCAUGAUGAGGCUACCUUAUCUUGAGCUUCAUGACAAUACUAAUUCCUACAGUAAUGGAUACUUAAACGGUUAUGGCUAUGAGGCUCAAAAUGAAUGGGAAUAUCAUCCGGUUGAGGUUGAACCGAGUGGAAUUGAACUUUUUGAGCAUCAUGAUGAGCAUCCUGCAAAUGUUGACAUAAGUAUAAAAGGAAAGUGGGGAGAUGACGGUGGUAUCUUUUUAAGAAUCCGAAUUGCAGAUAAAGAAGGUCGAAUCCGAAACAUAUAUUUCCCAUUCGACAUUGAAACUGAUACAGCUUUGAGCGUGGCAACUGAAAUGGUUGCCGAACUUGAUAUCAACGAUCAAGACGUGACAAAGAUAGCAGAUAUGAUUGAUGGGGAGAUUGCUGCCUUGGUACCCGAAUGGAAGUCAGGGCCAGGCAUAGAGGAAACACCCUGCUUUGCAAAUCAAACUGUUUGUCACAAUUGUGCUUCCACUCGUACCUCUAAUGGUUCGUUCAUGGAGUUUUUGUCAAAUAAUCCAUGUUGUAGCCAUGGUUGUGCUUCAAUGCAUGGAAGGUUCGGGGAGAUCACAUUUCAAGUGGAUGAAUCUGAGGACCAUAUAACAGAAAGGGCACCAAACAUAGUGAGCCAACCGGACUACUCGCACCAUCAGGAAAUUUGGGGUCAACAAGAAAGCCGGCAGCUUACUCCAAUAGGCUCUGGAAGAAGUCAUUCGGAUGAAGAGUAUUACAAUUUUGAUCAGCCAGUCCCAGAAAAGAAUGCUAAAGAAAUAAACAUGGAAAAUGGAAUUCCAGAUGGAGGGAAGUCAUUUCGGCACCACACAGGUUCUGGUUCCUUUAGCAGACUGACUUCAUUGUACAAUGACCUUGCAGACAACAAUGAGAAUGAAAUCCAGCAAGACUUAAGAUGGCUUAAAGCAAAGUACCAAAUGGAAUUGAGGAAACUUCGAGAUGAGCAAUUAGGAAUCGCAGUGAAACCUUCAACUUCAAGGAAUGGAGAAGGGAUAACAAGUAAUCAGGUUUCUUCAUCUUCAAUGUCGAAUUCAUUUCAAGAAGACAGCAAUGGAGAUGUCUCGAAAUCUCUUCCUAAGCAGGUCAGUCAUAAUUUGCAUGGUCAUGCCAGUAAGAGCUGCGCUCUUUCAGAUACGCGAAGGCACCGGAAUCACAAAUUAAUGACUCGAUCCCCAAGACCAGAGGAUAUGGUCACUGUCAACAAUUCCUGCACCGGGCCAUUGCUUCCACACUCGCUUCACAGGACAACUUCCCUACCAGUCGAUGCUGUUGACGUAUAACAUUUUGAGAAAUCCAUUCUUUUAUAGAUUCCUUGUACUCAUUAUAGAGGCACUACUGUUAAUAUAUUCACCCUUUUUUGGCCGAGCU